CAUUUUUAGUGUCGUAAACCCACCGGAUCAUUUUAAUCCUCAAAAUCACAAACCCUCGCUUCCGUCACGAUCCUCGAUUUUCUAGCGAGCACCAUUCACGAACACAAGGGGGAGCGGCGGAGACGGACUGAAACCCAGACGAAAAGAUGUCGGGAAUGGGGGACGGGUACGUGGGCACCGCCCAAGACGCUGUAAGGAUCCGAAGGCUGGAGAAACAACGAGAGGCAGAAAGGAAAAAGAUCCAAGAACUCAAAAGUAAGAACGCAAAAGGCCAAUCCGGUCUUCUUCAAUUCGGCUCCGGAACCUCCGAAAUUCUUGAGACUGCCUUCAAGAAGGAAACAGUUGGGCUUGUCACAAGGGAGCAAUAUGUUGAAAAGAGGGUUAACAUUCGAGUCAAGAUCGAAGAAGAAGAAAAAGAGAAACUUCAAAAGCUACAACAAGAGGAAGAAGAGCUUCAAUUACAAAAACAAAAAAAGAGGAAAAUCAAAGCUAACCCAAAGCUAUCUUUUUCUGAAGAUAUUGAAAACGGGGAAGAAGAAGAAGAAGAUGGAGAGGAAAAAAAUCAAGAAUCAAAUACGUUUGGUCGCAGAGGAUUUGGUAAAGAUCCAACAGUAGAAACUAGCUUUUUGCCUGACAGUGAGAGGGAGGCAGAGGAGCAAGCUGAACGUGAAAGGCUUAGAAAACAAUGGCUACGUGAGCAAGAACAGAUUAAAAAUGAGGCUCUUGAAAUCACAUACAGUUACUGGGAUGGUGCAGGACAUCGAAGAGUCAUGCAGGUUAGAAAAGGGGAUACAAUUGGCGAGUUUUUACGGGCUGUUCAGCAACAACUUGCACCUGAAUUUAGAGAAAUACGCACAACUUCGGUUGAAAAUCUUUUAUAUGUGAAAGAGGAUCUCAUUAUUCCACAUCAACACAGUUUCUAUGAGCUGAUUGUGAACAAAGCUAGGGGAAAAAGUGGGCCGCUUUUCCACUUUGAUGUGCAUGAAGAUGUGAGAACGAUAGCUGAUGCAACCAUAGAGAAAGAUGAGUCGCAUGCUGGUAAAGUUGUUGAGAGGCAUUGGUAUGAGAAGAACAAGCACAUAUUUCCUGCUUCAAGAUGGGAGAUAUAUGACCCAACAAAGAAGUGGGAGAGGUAUACUAUCCAUGGUGACUAAUUAAUGAAAAGAAGAAAAUGUUUUUGUAUGUUAUUUGUUCCUAAUUUCCCAUUUACUUUUGAAUUUUGUACUAUUUGUGUUUUAAGGAAAUUUGGUUGCUCUUAUUUAUACUAUUAUUAGAAUGUGGGAACAUAAAGUUUUUACAUAUGGUAGAAUUUAUUAUUGA